UAAUAACCGAGACGUCGUCCGUUCACACGCUCGUGAGGACGGCAGGGAUCAUCAGCCCUGCUGCAGCGGAUUGUUCGGCUGUCAGACGCUGAGGAAUGAUAAUUAGAAAGCGAUUGACUCGGCAGAAGGAGGUAGAAGAGAAGGAGAGAAGGAGCCUGGCCUGCAGCAGUGGCCUGAAGAGAGGAAUACAUGAAGAGGAAGAGGGAAUAUGAAGGGGGCAUUGAACUGAUCUCCAUCUGAUCACAAAGAAGAGAGGAAAACCGUGGAGUGGAAGCAGCUGUUUUUUUAUUUCUGGAGGAGAUGAUGGUGACAGCAGAAGCAGCGAAGGAGGGGAAAGUAGAAUGAGCUUGGAUCAAUAAUCCUCCUCCACCUUCAUCCCUCCAUCACCUCUGCAGGAGCUGCUGAAACCUGAAAAGGAAGGUGGAAGCACCAUUUGAAGGGAUGAUCCCAGAUGCCACAUCAUAUCCAUGGAAAAGAUCAUGAUCUGAGAUUAUAAGUGAGCUUCUGGAUAUCCCGUCCAGCUCCAUACUGACUGCAGGAUGGACCAAACUCAGUCUUUCUCCUCCGUCUACAUCAGAAGAUGAUUUUUGACUGAUGCCCUUUGCAGUCUAUGUUUUGUUGUUUUUUUUUAUUUGACUUCACUCAGAGCUGUUGGAGCAUUGGAGCAGUGUUCCUGGUCUCAGGAUUUCAUUAUGAGGCUCUGCAGGGAAGCCGGUGAUUAGGUGACUUGUUUCAGCGCUGCACACUUAGUGUUGCACACUGUGCUCCCUCUGCAGGAUGAAAAAGGAGCUGUGGACCUUCUGUAGGCAGAUGAUACAGUUCCCCGACGCAGAGGGACAGAUAGAUCCUCUGGCCCUUCCAGUCUGGCUGCUGGAAGCUAAUGUUCUGGAUGGAGAUAAGUGAGAGGAUACGGCAGAUUUACUGACCAACGGGAACACAAACAAACCGCUGAGGAACAAUCUGUGUCUGUCAGAUCCACUCUGGUGGGAACACCUGGGCCAGGGAAUGCUUGUCCUCUCCAUAAAACGCCCUGAUUUGAGCACACAGGAAGGAGAUCCAUCUUGAUUUUUAAAUCAGAACUCAAAGAGGGAAAAGUCCUCUCCCCCCCACUCACCUCAGGUGGGGGGGAGGGUGAAGGUACUUCCUGUCUGAAGGUGUAGGCCUCAGGGCCUCAGGGUGUAGUUUUAGCUUGUAGAUUAGGGCUUGCUUUUAUUUAGCUCCACUCAGUGUCAGUCAGCUGGCAUCUAGCCAGCACCAUCCAGGCUCUUUACUUUAAACCAGUUAACUGUGGUGUUUCUGCAGCCUUUAGCCUGAGGUCAUGGAUGCCAAUCAGGGUCCAGGUCAAGGCAAUCCUGAAAGCCCUAACCGGGCCGUGGAGUAUCUCCUGGAACUGAACAACAUCAUCGAGAGCCAGCAGAAGCUUCUUGAAACCCAGCGUCGCCGAAUCGAGGAACUGGAGGUCCAACUGGACCGCCUCAGCCAAGAGAACAAAGACUUGCGUUUGGACCGGCAACCUGUUGCUCCGCCUCCCCCGGCUCCUCCUCUCGAGCCUCCCCUUCCGCCUCCUCCUCCGCCUCCAACUCACAGCACAGCAACCAAGAACCAUCACCACCACAACAGCCAGGCUCCCCCUCAGCCACCCACCUCCAUCCCCCUCCACCACAGCCACCAGUCUCACCACCACCACCAGCAGCAGCACCACCACCAUUCCUACAACAGCACCACCACCACCGCCACUCCCAUCCCUCCUCUGGCCUCUGCAAACCCAGUCUCCAUCUCCAUACCGACCCAGAUCCCAGCUCCAAGCUCCCCCACCAGCCCGGCUCCACCCCCGCCCCCUCCUCCAAUCCCACCCAGGGAUCAGCCACGGGCCCACAGCCGGCUGACCCGAGCGCCCUCCACCAGUACCGGGACGAACACAAACUUUGUGGAGAAGGAGAAGGAGCGUCUGGAACGUCUGCACAGAGCAAAUGCUGCCAAUAACCACCACGCCCACACCCUGCACCUCCAAAAACCGUCUUAUUCCUCCUCCUCCACCUGUUCUACUACCACCACCUCUUGUCGUACCUCCAACAACCCUACUAGCAUCACCACUCCUUCCUCCACCUCCUCCUCCUCCUCCUCCUCUCUCUACUCCUCCAGCUUACCUCCUAACAGCCACGCCACCUACCAUCAGUACUGCUGUCCCGCGCGCCUCCGCCUGCCCAAGCCUCCCUGCGCCCUGCCCCCCGCCAAGCACCACGAGCAGGCAAGAGAGGAGGAAGAUGAUGACAUCGCCCAUCAGUUCUGUUGCCCCGCCUCCGAGUGCAGUAGCCCCUCCUCUAGGUAACCAGGGGCGACCAGGAGACCCUUCCCUGCCCUGCUCCCCCUGGGUAAAUCGAGGGAUGAUUAUGAAUCCCCAUCCUCCAUCCAUCAUGGUAUUAUCCCUAUCUUCUUUGAGCUUCAGUCACCGAACAACAAGGCAACUUUUGAGCACGAAAAAUAUCUUUGAAGUUUGAAAAAAAGGACAAUAUCUGGGGAUACCUAAAUAUUUUUUCAAUUUAAAGCUUGUUUGGCCAGAAAAACCUGAAGCUAAAAGACAUAAUACAGCAAAUGAUGAGGUCAGCUUUGCAACCCUGCUGCUAAUCUGAUUUAGAUCUUUAAAACCUGAAGAUGCGUUUCCAUGAAGAUAAUCCUACUGCACUACGACGAGAACGACAAACUUUACUUUGCAGCUUCAAAGCAGCAGGACCUAUUCUUACCAUGGUGGUCCGGCUCUCCCUGAACGCUGGAGCUCAGACUUGCUUCAGCUGCAGCUCCCUGCUGAAUAUCUGCUGGUCUGAGCAGGAUGAGGCCCCAGACACUCUCAAAACAAACUCAGACCUUGUCUACUUCUCCGUUUCCCAGUCUGGGACCUGAACCAUUUCUCCUCCCUGUCCGAGCAUGAAGCCAUGACCCCACAGUGCCCAGACCCUGAUGGAGACAGAGUUCUGCGACGAUCUUAGGGCAACGUGCAACCGACGUUGCUCUGAUAGUACUAACUCUCUCUGUGCACGGCUCUGGUCUGCUGUACAGCCAACCUUCCAUAAAAGAAUUACAAACUCUGAGGUAUGAUGGACUUGAGUCCUGUUGGUGAGUGAACAGUCUGAGCACCUCUGCCAGGUAACCAUCCAUCAUUAAGGUCGUUUGGUAAUCCAACCUGCUCAGCAGCAGGGUAGUGGUGACCAGAUUCAUGAUGUCGAUCAUCUGCUCCUUCAUUACACUACCUGGGUUCUCCUUAGAACUGCAUCCUAUUUUAGAAAUUCACUGUAAACAGCAGCUCAGCAAACCUUAUGUCCUAUGUUUGACGGUUUUUAGCAAUUGAAGGUCUAUGUUGUUGUAGACAAGGAAACAAGAACAGAUUUGGUUUGGAGGAAUAUAAAUUUACUACAUACUUCCAAGAUUUUGGGUUUUUAAGAGUAAGUCAAAGGACAGUCCAGAAUUGGUUGACCCAGCCAUGAUGUGGAGCUGAUUUCUAGUCAAUUUCAUGUCCAAGCUGAAGCAGAAGAGUUUUGGAGAUACUGAACAAAGAAACAUAAAGCCUUGAAGUGCUUCCCCCUGUUUGCAGUGUUAGGGGGAGCCUAACGUGUACAGUGCACACACACACACACACACAAAGCAGCUGCAGCCAUCCCCUCAGUCACAUCUGGAUCAGAGUGUUUACAUGCACAGAUGUUCUUGAAUCAAAAGGAAUCAUCGCAUUUAGGACAAUACUGUCAUUAAAUAACGUAGCAACAGAAGGAAAUCCUUUUAAAAACCAAGCUGAAAUUUACAGUUCAGACUGAGAUGUGCAGACCAAGGUCAGAGAGGUCAUUUGUCAGCUCAGAUUCACCCACCGGAUUUCCGACUCUGAUGAACAUACAGUCAUGAUCAAAAGAAAGUACACCUUUCUCCACUUACAGGGUCAUACCUAUUAGGACAUAAUUAAGGUAUCUGUUCAUUAAUAGAUUAUAAAAUGAUUUAAAGCUAACUUCAAGUUUAUAAACAUACAAUUUGAUACUGUUGACAUGAUGAAAUGUUGACAUUUGAUACCGUUAUCAUUAGUAUCCUGGUGCUGCUUGCCAAGUGCACUAGAUGAACUGAUCAUCAGUGUGCAGCCCAGGAACAUACAGGUCUAUGUUCAAACAAUGCCAAAGUGGAAAGACUUCAGCAACUACCUUAGAGGAGCAACUGCUACUACCCAAGAAUCUGGGGGUUUGGGCCGUAGUAGUUCGUCAGUUAUUUCUAAGCUUUCUGAAGUCCAUCAUUCUACAAACAGACAAAUUAUUCAGAACAUAAUCCCAGAAGUGGAGUCGCCACCAAGCAGGACCAUGCAGUGCUCAGAGAAAUGACAAAAAACAAGAGCUUCAUCUCAGACUCUAUGGGCCUCAGUUAGCAGGUUAGAGGUUAAAGUUCAAGACAAUUAGAAGAAAACUGAACAAAUACAGGUCCUUCUCAAAAUAUUAGCAUAUUGUGAUAAAGUUCAUUAUUUUCCAUAAUGUCAUGAUGAAAAUUUAACAAUCAUAUAUUUUAGAUUCAUUG